CUGAAGACUAAACUGGAAAGAUGAAAGAUUGCUUUACAAAAGACAGAAAAAUGACUGUACUAUGGACAGGCCCUUUGACAUGAACUGGUGAAAUGAGCUUUCUCUGCUGGGCAACUGGACUCUCCUUUAGAACCGCCGAGGAGCUCUGUCAUCUGAGGGAGACUCAUAGUAGAACAGGUCCAGCUGUGCCAGUCUCGCCUGCCCUUGACUUCUACGUCUACUUCCUGAUUUAUUUUGGUAAGGAUCGUCUCAUCUUCCUGUGUGUGGCAUGUCUGUCUUGUCAGCGUCUCCCUACUAAUCCCCUCCCCUUGUUUACAGCUGGUGUCCACUUCGUUCCCUUCAAGUCAGGGGUCUCAAACUCGCGGCCCAUGGGCCAUUAGCAGCCACCGAUUUAGCCCAGGAGUGGCUCUUACAGAGCUCUCCCUUUGUCCAAAGUGUAAUGUUUAGGAAACACUGGAUAAGUGAAUUUCAAUGGAUGAUACUUCGACUUUACAUGCUGAUUUUUCAAUUUAUUUAUUCACCUGGAAUUACACAUUAAUUCGAGCUUUCCGCUGUCCAAGGUGCUGAAAUGACUUUGUACAACACACGCAUAAAAAUGAAAUGUAUUUUUAUGAACCAAUUAUUUUAUCUGGUCACCGUGACUCUACAAAUUGAAACUGGGCUACACACUGUUGAGUUAAUAGCCAAGACAUUGAAUUCGUUCCGUACAUAUGAUCCGUUAAGUGACAGUAAGUUCAACAACUGAGUAGAUCUGAGUGUAGUUUUGUACAGUAUUAGAAGGGAGACCUGUAGUGGAGCUUCACAUGCAUGUGGGCUGGUUGCCUCUCGUCCUGUUGCGCUCACAUUUGAAUAGCAGCCUGAAGCUGGUGACGUGACGUGAGUGGAUGGCGGAUGUAAAUGGCAGCUCUUGAAAUAGAAAAACUGCCUCCUGACAUCAUCACUCUCCUGGACUCUCUGGUCCGUCUGGAGUCUGCGAGGACUCAGUCUCGAGUGGCUUUUGAGGAACUUCAACUCGGUGAGAGAUGAUCCCAGAUCCACCCGCAAAUGUCUCCUUCUUUGAUUUUGUUGGAGGAGUGCAACUCCUCCGCAGGGAGGACGCCAGAACAGCCGUGCCGGUGCUCCUCAUCGGGGUCUGCGUGUCCGGCGCUGUGGGGAACUUGCUGGUCCUGCUCAUUUUCAUUCGCGACUUUAAGAAGCGCAGGGGCUCCGAGGUGAAAGCGCUGCUGUCCGCGCUGGCGUCCACGGACCUGCUGAUCCUGCUCCUGUGCGCCCCGGUGCGCGCCGUCACCUACUACAAGCAGGCGUGGACUCUGGGGGGCUUCGCGUGCAGCACCGCGGACUGGUUCCAGCACUCCUGUGUGGUGGCCAAAACUUUGAUGCUGGCCGCCAGCACCAGAGCCAAACACACCCUGGUGUCCAGCACCGACAGCCCGGCCUGGAUCCACGGGUCCCUGGCGUUCAUCUGGGUCGUGUCCGUCAUCGUCCCGCUCCCGCAGCUGCUUUACGCGUCUGUGCUGCCGCAUGGAAGCGACUCCAUCUGCGUCUCUCAAGUGCCAGUCUGCGCGUCUGACUUCAUGAGUUUGUUCAACAAGGUGUAUCCAGUUGCGACCUAUGUGGUUCCGGUGCUGUUCACCGUGGUGUACUACACCAAGUCGCUCCACACGGCGGUGAACCACGCUCCCAGUCCGAGCCACCAGAGCAAAGUCACCCUGGUUCUGCUGUGUCUCAGCGGCUCUCUCGGGCUCACGCUCCUGCCGGACUGGGGGUGCUUCACCUGGGCCCGUCUGGGCCACAGCAAACCCCCGGUGGGCCUGACCAUCUUCGGCCAGGUGCUCCUUUACGCGUGCAGCGCGCUCUCCCCGGUCAUCCUCAUGACCAUGUACGACGACGUGCGCCAAGGACUCGUCGCGAUCUGGUUCCUGGCCACCUGCAGGGGGCCCAAGCAAGUCACCAGGAACCCCGGUCCCAAGGCGGAGGAGAAUGGCGCGGAGCUGAACACGGUCCGCUCGCAGGGGAACGAUCAGACCUUCCCAGACGUGGAGCACUUCUGGACCGGGCGCAGAAACACACAGGUGGAGGACGAGCAGGACCCGGUUCCGUGGGAGAAAGAGGAGAAAAAUGUCGCCUGAAGUGUUUCCCUGUCGCUAAAGUUUGGAAAGUCUAGUCUGACUGCAGUCGUUAGAUGUUGACAAUAGGUCAGUGUUUUUAUAUAUUUCUAUUCAAUGUUUUCUUUUCAUUGUUUCACCACGAAAACGAUAACAUGUAAAUACUUUAGGACGGUAUGGCUCCAGAUCACGUGACUAGCGGGGAGCAAUUUCAGCUGUGUUCAUGAUCACUUAUUAAGAUGUCAUUACAUGAAGAUACAUGUAAUUAUCAGCUGUUUUGUCUUUAUACAGGCACCUGUAAGUGUUUCCCAGUCGACUCACCAGUGCUUAUUGUUAUUUAAUGCAGAUUUUUAUUAUCAUUGCGUCAUGGACCCUUUUUAAUUCGGCUUCUUCGUUUAGCUUUUCCUUUUUAAACCAGUUUAUUCGACGCAUUCCUGUAAUAAGUGGUGUGUUGGAACGUAGUUUCUUGUUUCGUCGCACUCCUGUACGAUAGUUGCACCAAUGUACUUCGGCGCCACUGUCGCGCAUGAAUAGUUAUGAGCUACGACGUGACGCCAGCCUUCUUUUCUACCGCACCGCAAGCACACGUUGGCCACUUGAAUCAGGAAUAUCAAAGCUCGCGUUUCAUUUCUCAACAUCCCAUCAACAACAACUAAUCCUCGCGACAGGUCAUGGCAGUAAUCACAUUUCAGUACAGAAUGAUCUGAUGUCCUCCAACUGUACACUUCCAUCAACCGAGUAUUAUGGAGUUUUAUGGUACAAGGAUGUUCUGUAGUUCAAUGUAUUAGAAGU